AUGAAAUCGGCUGGUGUUGUUUUUGGAAAGGAAGUACCACUAUUCCGUAAUCCAAAAAUACAGCACGACAAUUCGUCAUUCAGAUAUCAGAUUGAUAUCCUAAUGGUGGCAGAUUAUUCAGUUUACAACAAUUUUCUGGACAUUGUUCGGGGCGAUGAAUACUCGGCAUUUUCGGCCACGAACGAUUACUUAUACGCCAUUUUUGAACAGGUGCGGUCAAUCUACGAUGGUAAUGGUUUAUUCGAGAAUGUUCCGGUAACCUUGAAUCUGGCAUCAGCAAUGGCAAUAAUCCGUGAAAAUGAUUGUCCCUUAGCGCCAUUUCUAAAUCGGAGCAAACUGAACAAUUUGGAAAAUACGACGCAGAUGAGUGGAUUAGAUGCUGUGAAUUAUAUACAAAAGUGGGUAGCUGAUUAUUCGCAAUGGAUUCCAACACAUAAUCAUAUCAUUGUUUUGACAAGAAUCGAUUUACUUUCUUCAAAAGGUGAUUCUAAUACCCAAGGAAUGGCAUACGUUGGAGCGAUGUGUCGAGUUACUGAAUCAGCAAGUGUGGUAGAGGAUAUCGGCGGUAUGGCUACCGCUGUAAUUGCUGCUCAUGAGUUGGCCCAUAGUCUUGGUGCAUUUCAUGAUGGCGCUGUUGGACCAGUUGAAAAUUGCGGAAGGAAUUAUCUAAUGUCUGCAACAGUAUCAAGCUCGGAUGAUGAACAAAAAUUCUUCAACACAUUCAAAUUCUCACCGUGUUCAGUUCAACAAAUUCAAAUGUUUUUUGCAAACGGGACAGCUAACUGCUUGCUACGAUCAAAGAAUCGUGAAAGGCGAUUACGACGUACUUCGCAACGUAAGCAUCGCAAACCUGGCGAAUUGUUGGUGCAACAGAACCAGUGCAAGAUAGCAUUUGGACCCCAUUACAGUGUCUGUCCGAGGAAGGAAUAUUUAUCGAAAAAUCCAUGUCGACGACUUUGGUGCAAAAAUCGACAGCUGCGCAAGACGGAGCCAUGUGAAACCAAAUUGUAUUUACCUUUAUUAGACGGGACUAAAUGUGGACCUGAUAAAUGGUGUCUUGGGGGAAAUUGUGUAGCAAUCAAUAAAGAAAGAGAAAACUGCGUCGAUUUGAAUUCAUCAAUGUGCCUUGAAUUAUCUGACAAAAAGCUUAGCGAAUACUGUCAUUCGAAAGAGUUUCACUCAUUAUGUUGCGUCACUUGUUCUCAGCUUAUCCAUCGCAAAAUUUUCACCACUUCAGUCUAUGAUUUAUAA